AUGAACAAAGGUCUUAUUUUCAAUAAUUUGACGCUCGUCUCGUCCGUAUUCGAAGAUGAUCACGAAGUCACGCUUGGCCAUAAAAAUGUAAAGGUCGAAGAAAGACAGAUUAACAACUUCGGCAGGAAGAAAUACGGACUGAACAUAUGCCUGAACCGUGUCCGUGCUACUCUGGCUGGAAUAAAUACUAACGAUCGAAAAAUUAUCCUCAGAGAUGGAUCCGAGUUACCUUAUGAUUUACUUGUCCUCGCGACUGGCAAGCAAUACAGUGGACUUGUCGACAAUCCGAUUCGUGGAGUAGAAGGUCUAGCAUUUAGCGAGAUCGUCAACGACAUCAGCGAAGGAGACGGCAUUUUCGUCAGAAGUAACAAUAUCAAUGCUUUAGGAUUUAUUCAGCAACUUUUGGAACGUAAAAUUCAGCCAAAUCAGAUAACGCUUGCAUGUGAAACCGACUUGGAAGAAAUUUUCGACCUUGGUGAUAUCAACAAGGAGCGCAAACUCACGAAUGGACCAGAAUUGGACAAGGUCGCUGCUCGAGUUCGAAACGAGAUGGAAGAACUUGGAGUCAAUUUGAUUGAGAAUGUCAAAGAAUACGAAAUCCUCAAGAAUGAUGGAAAGAACAUUUCAUCCGUCUGCGUUGGCGAUACCGAAUAUGAAUGCAAGCAUUUGGUCGAUAUGCUCGAGAAGUCAGUCUCGAAGACUGUUUUCAGUGCGCUCAACGAUGCCUGUCUAGUCUACGAUGGCGCCCUUGUCAUAGACAGUACUUUCUGCACAUCGAAUGAAAAUAUUAUGGCCGCUGGACCAAUGACCAAAUAUCAGCGAAGACUUUACGCAGAUGAUUGGGUUCACGAGAAAUUCAAUUCAGCCGAAGUUGGCAAGGCCGCUGCUGCAUUGAUUUUGGAUCGUGUUCUGGGGCGUAUUCCUAAGCCUGAUGUAUCUGUUCCGGUUUUCAAGGCGCCAGUUGUCACUUCUUGCAAACUUGUUGGCGGAAGACAUUAUCUAAGUUGCAAAGCGACAUAUUUUGAUCGACUUGCUGAUGGAAUGAAACAAGGACAAGCUCGUUGGAUGGUCACUUCAAACGACGAAUGCGACUCAAGAAUUCAUUUAAAUCCAUUUGGCGUCGUCGAUGGAAUGAUCUUUGUCUCUCGAGAUCCUCUCAACGUCGAGAAUAUCAUCAGAAUUUUCGGCCUCCACGAAAAGUACCUCAAGGAUCUUGUUUCUCGAUUUGACGAAGAGCUCAUUCCUUGCCUCUAUGAACACAUUACCAGUCCCUUCUUCGAUGUUAUUUCGCACGAUAGAUUCAAGGACUUGGUCCAGCAGCUUGAAGAUCUUAUCCCACUAGAUAAUGAAGACAUCAAGCCAGGAACUUCGAAAGAGCUCAAAGAAAAGUACUCGGAAGAUAUCGACCGGACUAUUUUGAAAUUUAUCAAGGACAAUCAACAGCUUCUGCCUAUGUAUCAUCUUCCUUGA